CGACGCAGGUGCAGAGCAGAGGCUGCCGGGAGCGCGCGGCCAGAGUGGGGCGCAGGCGCAGAGCAGAGGCUGCCGGGAGCGCGCGGAGGGGCGGAAGUGGCCGCCCUCCCUGUCCGGCCCUACGCAGGUAGGCGGCAGCCCGCGGGCUCCGGAGCCAGGCUCUCAGUGGUCCCACAGAUACAUGCGACCCUGUUAUCUGAGACUCAGAACAUCCUUGGCAGUGUGGCUGUCUUCACGGCGGCUGUACAGGUCCUGUCCAGCGUGCAGUCUGAUGCCCAUCCAGCCCUUUGACCAGCGGGAAUGGAAUGAGCCUAUGCACUCCCUCCGCAUCAGUAUAGGGGGCCUUCCUGUGCUGGCAUCCAUGACCAAGGCCACGGACCCUCGCUUCCGCCCCCGCUGGCGGGUGAUUCUGACGUCCUUUGUGGGUGCUGCCCUCCUCUGGCUGCUGUACUCCCACCAUCAGGCCCCAGUAUCGGGCAGGCCCCCCACCCACAAUGCACACAACUGGAGGCUAAGCCAGCAGCGCGCCUCUCAUUACAAUGACACCUACCCCCUUUCCCCGCCACAGAGGACUACAGGUGGGAUUCGGUACCGAAUCGCAGUCAUUGCCGACUUGGACAUGGGGUCCAGGGCCCAGGAGGAAAACACUUGGUUUAGUUACCUUAAGAAAGGCUACCUGACCCUGUCGGACAGCGGGGACAGGGUCAGCGUGGAGUGGGAUAAAGACCAUGGGGUCCUGGAGUCCCACCUGGCAGAAAAGGGGCGGGGCAUGGAGCUCUCGGACCUGAUAGUCUUCAAUGGGAAACUCUACUCCGUGGAUGACCGCACAGGGGUCAUCUACCAGAUCGAAGGCACCAAAGCAGUGCCCUGGGUGAUCCUUUCCGAUGGCGAUGGAACCGUGGAGAAGGGCUUCAAAGCUGAAUGGCUUGCUGUGAAGGACGAGCACCUGUAUGUGGGUGGCCUGGGCAAGGAGUGGACCACCACGACAGGAGAGGUGAUGAACGAGAACCCCGAGUGGGUGAAGGUGGUAGGCCACAGGGGCAGUGUGGACCACGAGAACUGGGUGUCCAGCUACAACGCCCUUCGAGCUGCUGCUGGGAUCCGACCACCAGGCUACCUCAUUCACGAAUCCGCCUGCUGGAGCGACACACUGCAGCGUUGGUUCUUCCUGCCUCGUCGGGCCAGCCACGAGCGCUACAGCGAGAAGGAGGAUGAACGCAAGGGCAGCAACCUCCUGCUGAGCGCAGCCCAGGACUUCAGGGACAUCUCUGUGAGGCAAGUGGGGACGCUGGUCCCCACCCACGGCUUCUCAUCCUUCAAGUUCAUCCCCAACACGGAUGACCAGAUCAUCGUGGCUCUCAAGUCGGAAGAGGACAAUGGCAGGAUUGCCACUUAUGUCAUGGCCUUCACGCUGGACGGCCGCUUCCUGCUUCCAGAGACCAAGAUCGGCACUGUGAAGUACGAAGGGAUCGAGUUCAUCUAGAUGAGUAAGCACCACACGCACGCCUGCACGCACUCACGCAGCAGGGCGAGGGCCAGUGGCCGUGCUACCCCAGGACUGUUUCAUAAAAACCGGGAGCGCUUCCACUCGUUUGCUUUUUCCUUUUUUUAAAAUUAAGAGCUGUGUGCCUGGCCAGAGAGUUCCAGAAUAGGGAGCUGAGACCCGGCCCAUCUGGGUGUGCGUUGCAGACUGGGAGCAAGGGGUCCUGCACAGGAACCCCAGGUUCGCCACCCACCCGUGUUCCCUCUGCACUGCCACCUGGUGGUAGGGAUUGAUCACUGCUGCAGGUACCUUUUGAGCCCCUGACCUUCAGAGUCCAGCCAUGCCUUUCAUCCUUGGUCUCUGGCCUUUCCAUGAGUUCUCUGUCCAGUACGUGGUUUUGAAGCAGCCAGGUGUUAAACCCUAGCUUAACCCUGGGAGCACAAGACAGUCUGACAGACAGGCACUCAGAGACCCCCUCUUCCUCCCAUGUGACCUUGGCAUUCCAUACUCUGCAGACCCCUGGAAAGUGAAUGUUUACAUGUCAGGGUGAGGACCCACCCCGUGGGCGACACCUGCCCACACUCUGAAGUCACUUUAGCACAGGAUUAUUUGCGAGCUGUUCAUAAUGUCAUUUCUCCCCUAAGGAGGAUUUUGUGCUGUUUAAAAGUCUGAAUUAUUAACUUAUUUUUAUUAAAGCAAUUUCUUUUCCUGAAGAACAGAGUCACCAAACUUCAUCACACAGUGAAGGUAGAGUUCCCACAUCUUCCUUCCAGGAGUGAGGGAAUUGUCCCCACAGCCACAAUGUCGACAUUAGCUUUUACAGGAAGGGCCUCAGGAUCCUUGGCCUCUGCCUUCUAGCAACUUCCAGAAGCUGCCAUGCUUUCACCUCUCAGCAGUGGCUGAGGGAGGGACUGCACCUGACUAGAGACCAGCCCUCAGUGGCUCCUGCUGGGAGUUUAGCAGCCUUCUCUCCAGGGGAGCCUCACUGUUGUCUGCUGUCCUGGUCUGUCUGUGUGUCCAAGAGAGCUGAGGCAGCAGGCGGGCUCAGCGGGAGUUCUGUAGGGAGCAGCACUUAGCUGCCUGCAACACCCUUAGAGCAGGACUCGGGAACUGCUGUGGGCACCAGGCCCGGAUGACAUCACAAACUCCUUCCACGGGAAGCUAGGAGAGCCACUGUCACUGGGCUUGGCUACCCUCAGUCCAGCUGGCUGUCACUGACUUGUGGUCUGAGGUCUUGGUGUGCUUGUGCUGGGAACUCAGCCAAGCCUCCUUGAGGUCUGUCAACGGUGAGGUUGUGUGAUUCUGAACUGAAAGAUGAGAUGAGAGAGGUUGAGAGAGACCUGGGCCCCUCACUGAGGAGCUGUCCACACACCUUCCUUUCCCUAGUGUGAGCAGUGAUUGUGUCUCUUCGUUUGUUUUGUAAACAAUAAAGUGUCGGAGGUGUG